CUUUGACGAGAGGAGCUCUUCAGUCCUAUGGAAAGCGAGGGCUCCGUCCCUGAGAGCCGGGAUGAUGAGUUUGAGGAAGGGGAGAUCAAGGAGGCCUUUCGUGCAGAAGAGUACGACGGAAUCUACCUAGAGUUAGGGUUGCUCCUAUCCUGUGAGAUGAGGGAUAGGGACGCAAGCGCCAAAGCGCAGAAGGUGAGGCACCUCUACGUAGUAAGAGACGACCAUUUGUUUAUAAAGCGGCAGGUCGGGAACCCCAAAAGGAUUGUAUAUGGGAGGAACCGGCAAAUUGAUAUCAUAGCAGCCCUACACGAUGGUAUAGCAGGUGGGCACAAAGGGAUAGGUGCCAUGGGUGCCAAGAUAAGCGAGUUGUACCAUUGGGAUCGAAAGCUGACUAUGGUCAUCAAGUAUUGCCAGUCUUGUGUACCUUGCCAAGAGAGGUCAGCGCAAAGGUCAGGAGAGCCCCUGCACCCAAGGCUGGAGAGGGAAGUGGGCGCGGUCGUACACCUGGACCUGUUGUUCAUGCUAGUUGGGAAGAACGGAUAUAAUUACAUCUUCGACGCACGAGAUAACCUUACUGGAUUCGUGGACGGUCGGGCUAUCCGGACGAAGACUGGUCCAGUCUUGGCAAAUUGCAUCGAAGAGUAUUACCUAUGCUACCUUUUCGUCAAAGAGUUCGUGAUGGACCGAGGGUCGGAGUUCACUUGCAAUGAGGUGCGAACUUUGCUUGCAGGGUAUGGCGUAGUGACUAACUAUACUAUGGCCGUGCAUCCUCAAGCGAAUGCACCUAUGGAGAGGGGGCAUAGUACCAUCACGAAUCUCUUGGCUAAGUGGACGGAGGGCAAGCCUGGUCAGUGGCCGAAGUUCCUGCGAGAGGCUUUCUUCGUAGAAAACGUUACAGAUGUGGAGGCGAGGAUGCAAAGGCUGAGAGCUUCGCCGUUGGGACGGGAUGGGUUCCCUAUUCGAUUGGAGGAAGGCAAUGCGGAGGAGUUCAUCCCGGCCUAUGAGCAAUAUAUGCGCGAUCAGGGAACUGGACAACAGGAGUGGAUGCAGACAUUUGCCCCUCUGGACACGGAGGGCGGAGAGAGCCACCACCAGAGUUGCCACCCGCAAAGGGGGGGGGUGGAUGCAGGAGUUCCGCUGCGAGGGGCCCAUGAGACGCGAGUGGAGAGGCCGUCGAAGGAGACAGCUGAGGAGAAGCGCGCAAGAGUGCGGGUGCGUCUCGAGGAGAUAUACCAGGAGAAGGUUAGGAUGGAGGCCGCAGGGGAAGUGCCGAGACCACCAGUGACCCCCCGUCGACCGAGCAGAGGAUCGAUGAGACUUGGGCCAGUUAUGAGGGGGAAGGAAGUACAGGGGCUGUUUGGCCAGGGAGGGAUGGCAGGGCCAUCUCAGCGAGAGGGAAUGAAGAAGGUAUAUCUGGACCCAGCGGAGGUAGAGGCAAGGCGGGAGACCAGAGAGAGGGACUUCAGUUUCAAGGCUCCCACCGAGCUAGCCUCGCAGCAGGUGACCUCUAUGGCAGUUGAGACCAUUACGGAGGAACCAGCACAGAGACCUCAGCCCCCACUGGUGGAAGGGGAGCCUGUAGAAGAAUCCCCUAGGAUUCUUUUGGAGGUACAGGGAGGCACCGUUACGGGGGCAGGAACGUCCACUAAGCCUGAGGCGACGGAGGAGGAGGCAUCUCGUUUGGAUGAGCUAGUGGCGGCCAUGGAGCUGGACAUGCCGUCAGGGGGGCCUCAGAGACACGAGACCCCGGAGCGUGUGCAGAGAUCAGGGAGUUGAGGACACGAUUAGGAACCUGGGCUACUGAAGCUGACUCCGGAGA